AUGUAUCCUCAGAGUGUGGCAUGGGGGCUCCUCGUCGCGUACGGAUUGGUUUACCUAGGAAUUACGCUCACAACGGCAUAUAGCCAAUACCAGAUUGUGCGCUUUAUUACCGCUAUACGAGGAACUCUUGUUCUUCUUAUUUUCCGAAAAUCCCUUGAACUGCAGAAAUCCGAUAUGGCACCACUCACACUGAUGAGUACCGAUGUUGAGCGCAUUAUACAAGGCUUGCAUUACGUUCACGAAUCAUUUGUCAGUCUCUUUACAUUCAGUGUGGCAUUGUGGCUUCUGAAACGGCAGCUUAGCGGGAGAGCCAUCGCUCCGAUUGUGGUAUCGGUCUGUAGCAUGCUUGUCAUUGAGACAUUCGGUAAAAGCAUCAGUAACGCACAGAAGCGCUGGGUCGAGGCCGUGGAGAAGCGUCUCAGCGUUACCACUGAGAUACUCACGUCGAUGAAAGGCAUCAAGAUGUCUGGUCUAAGCAAAUAUUCCUCCGCGCUGCUUCAGGGCCUACGGGAAACCGAGCUCGUUGUAUCAUUGACCAUGCGACGCUUCCUGGCUGUUGGAACUGGCCUUUCAUUCACCACACCAACCCUUUCCUCCAUGGUGGGCUUUGCAGUAUAUACUGCACUGGCUUCACAUCAUGGAAAUACACUUUUGGCUGCGACAGCGUUCCCAGCGCUGUCGAUCUUCAAUCUCCUGAGCAGUCCGCUUAGUAUUCUGAUUCAAAGUCUACCUGGCGUAAUUGCAAUGCUUGCCUGCUUCGAACGCAUAGGGAAUUUCCUCCAGCGCGAUGCCCGAAAUGACACCAGAUACUUGAUGGACUGCCACCACGAUCUCAACCUCCAAAUCAAGUGCGAGACACUAACAGCAGUGGUUGGACCUUCUGGAUGCGUUAACUCCGCAUUUGACCUACGAACCGGUGUCGCAUACUGUUCACAACAACCGUGGCUCAGAAACGACACUGUUCGGAAUAACAUCAUCGCCGGCAUGCCGUACAAUGAAGCCUGGUACAACACCGUAAUUCAUGCUUGUGCAUUGGAGGAAAUCAUCCAGAAGCUGAGCGAAGGAAUGGUCGGCAGUGGAGGCAGGAGCCUGAGUGGAGGGCAGAAGCAGAGAAUUUCGUUGGCGCGCGCCAUAUACUCGCGUCGCCCACUUCUUCUGCUUGAUGACUCCCUUUCGGGAAUUGAUAAUCUCUCCAUACAGCAUAUUUUCGAUCGUUUGCUGGGUGUUGAUGGCUUGAUAAAGCAGACGGGUACAACAGCCAUCCUUGCAACACAAAAUGUGGAAAACUCAAGUCUCUUUGACCAGAUCAUCACUCUCGGUGGUGAUACCACUGUGCUCGAACGAAAAUCCCAUGCCGACGCUAUGAAGAAUUCAGAGAAGCCAAUCGGUCCAGGGAAGCUUCCUAUUGAGGCGCCCAUUUCCAUAUCCCAGAAUCCAUUCGCGUUCGCCCUGGAAGCCAGGUUUGAGACCGCGGCUUCCGACCCUCGCGACCCCCGGAAAGGUGAACUGGGGGCAUACAAAUACCACUUUGCCUCCUUGGGCUUCAGGAAAUUGGGCCUCGCCGUCUUUCUGGUCGUAUCUUAUGUAUUCUUCUCCUCGUUCCCCCAAAUUUGGCUUGAAUGGUGGACUGCUUCUAAUGUAGACCACCCUAAUAACAGGUUGGGCUAUUGGAUUGGGGUAUACGCUGUUUUUGGAUUUCUGGCCGUCUUCUCCCUGAUUACUGCUUCAUGGCUCAUGCUUUGCAACAUGGUGAAGAACUCAGCGAAGUCUCUGCAUUUGGAACUGGUCCAGACUGUUGAGCGGGCCGUCGCAUCUGUGUUCACUUCUACAGAUCCAGGAAUCACAGUGAACCGAUUUAGUCAGGAUAUGGCUUUAAUCGAUAUGGAAUUGCCUAUGGCCUUCGCCAACACUAUUAUCUCCUUCACAACCUGCGUGGCACAACUCGUUAUCAUUGCUGUGUCUUCACGUCAUCUUGGUGCCGCCAUCCCUUUCAUCCGCGGCUUUUGUAUUCUCACUCAACGGCUAUCUAUUCGAAAGUCACGACAAUUACGGUUCUUUGAUAUCGAAGCCAAGAGUCUGUUGUACACGGAGUUCAUUGAACUGCUGAACGGCCCCUAUGUGGUUCGCGCCUUCGAUAUGCAGAAGGAAUUUGAGCAACGGCUUUCCAUAGCACUCGAUGCAUCACAGAAGCCGUUUUAUCUCCUCCUCUGUGCGCAGCAAUGGCUGGGUUUGGUACUAAAUUUGGUGAAUCUCGGUCUAGCGUUGAUCUUAGUUGGUGUCACAACAGCCACUUGUGGCCUCUCGGGUGGCUUUUUAGGUGUUGCGCUGAUCAAUCUGAAAAGCUUUGGACCAAGCUUAUCCGAAUUGGUUGAUGUGUGGUGUAUAUUGCAGAAUAGUCUCGCCGCAGUUGAGCGUGUGAAACCUUUCUCCGAGGAAACCCCGAAAGAGUCCACAGACUAG